UUACAUAUCUCGUUAUUCUUAGCUUCAACAUUAAGAAUGGCACCCAGAACAUUAUACGACAAGGUCUUUGAAGACCAUAUUGUCCACAAGGACGAAUCUGGAUCGUAUCUCUUAUACAUAGACAGACAUUUAGUUCACGAAGUGACAUCUCCACAGGCUUUUGAAGGUUUGAAGAAUGCUGGAAGACCUGUCAGAAGAACCGAUUGUACUUUAGCAACUGUUGACCACAAUAUCCCCACUAUUUCUCGUGUCAACUUCAAGAACGUCAGUUCGUUCAUAGACCAGGACGAUUCAAGAUUACAAGUGGAAACCUUGGAACAGAACGUCAAGGACUUUGACGUGACCUAUUUUGGCAUGGACGAUUCCAGACAGGGUAUUGUUCACAUUGUCGGCCCAGAACAAGGGUUCACUUUGCCUGGUACCACAGUUGUUUGUGGUGACUCUCACACUUCUACCCAUGGUGCCUUCGGGGCUUUGGCUUUCGGAAUUGGUACCUCUGAAGUCGAGCAUGUCUUGGCAACCCAGACGAUUAUCCAGGCCAAGUCUAAGAACAUGAGAAUCUCUGUAGAGGGUGAUUUGUCCGAAGGAAUCACUUCUAAGGACUUGGUCUUGCAUGUCAUUGGUGUCAUUGGUACUGCCGGUGGUACUGGUUGUGUCAUCGAGUUUGCUGGUAAGGCAAUUGAAAGUUUGUCAAUGGAAGCCAGAAUGUCCAUCUGCAACAUGGCUAUUGAAGCCGGAGCACGUGCUGGUAUGAUCAAGCCAGAUCAGACUACCUUUGACUACAUCAGUGGUAGACCAUUAGCUCCUAAGGGAGCUGAAUUAGAGAAAGCAUUGGCUUACUGGAAAACUUUGCAUUCUGAUGAAGGUGCUCAUUUUGAUUACGACAUCAAGAUCGCUGCUUCAGAUAUCGUGCCUACAAUCACAUGGGGUAACUCACCUCAGGAUGCCCUCCCUAUCACUGCCAGUGUUCCAGACCCAGCACAUGUGACUGACCCUAUCAAGAAAUCAGGUAUGGAAAGAGCCUUGAAGUACCAGGGCUUAACUCCUAACACCCGUUUGGUAGAUAUCAAGAUUGACAAGGCCUUUAUUGGUUCGUGUACUAACGCCCGUAUCGAGGACUUGAGAGCUGCUGCCAAGGUCGCUAAGGGCCACAAGAAGGCUGACAACGUCAAGUUGGUUCUUAUCGUUCCUGGAUCUGGAUUGAUCAAAGCCCAGGCUGAGAAGGAAGGUUUGGACAAGAUCUUUGAAGCUGCUGGUUUCUCGUGGAGAGAAGCCGGUUGUUCGAUGUGUCUUGGUAUGAACCCAGAUAUUUUAGAUCCUGAAGAGAGAUGUGCUUCUACGUCUAACAGAAACUUCGAGGGUCGUCAAGGUGCUCGUUCCAGAACACAUUUGAUGUCUCCUGCCAUGGCUGCUGCUGCUGCUAUCAAAGGUCACUUCACUGAUAUCCGUGAAUUCGACUACGAUACAUCUGAUGAACCUGCUGUUCACAUUGAACACGAAGUCGAAGACAAACUUCUCCAAGAUGCUGUGUACGAACACGAAAAGGAAGUCAUUGAAGACACUCCAGGAACAGAACAGGAAAGACUUUAUGACAUUCCUAAGGAACCAGAAUCCAAGAAGGCCAAGACUGCUGCUCCAUCUGGAGGAAUUGACAAGUUUGGUGUUCUCACUGGUAUUACUGCUCCUUUGGACAAAGCUAACGUCGACACUGAUGCUAUCAUUCCUAAGCAGUUCUUGAAGACCAUUAAGAGAACUGGUUUGAAGUCAGGUUUAUUCUACGAAGCCAGAUACGUGAAGGACCCUGUAACUGGCAAAGACGUUGAAACAGACUUUGUUUUGAACGUAGAGCCAUACCGUAAGGCUGAGAUCUUGUUAGUCACUGGUGACAACUUUGGGUGUGGUUCUUCGAGAGAACACGCUCCAUGGGCUCUCAAGGACUUUGGUAUCAAGUGUAUGAUUGCCCCAUCCUUUGGUGAUAUCUUCUACAAUAAUUCGUUCAAGAACGGUUUGUUGCCCAUUAGAAUUCCUGCUGAUGUGAUUCAAUCCACUUUAUAUCCUGUCGUCACUGCUGGCCACAAAUUGACUAUCGACUUGCCUGCCCAGCAAAUUAGAGAUGGAGAAACCGACGAAGUCUUGGUGGACCACUUUGACGUCGAAGAAUUCAGAAAGCAUUGCUUAGUUAAUGGUUUGGACGAUAUUGGCUUGACCUUACAGAAGGAAGAGUUCAUCAGCAAGUACGAAGCUGUCAGAAGAGAGAAGUUCUCCUUCUUAGAAGGUGGCUCCAAGUUAAUCAAGCCUAUCAAAGGUACCAAGAAGUCUAUCUAUGGUGUCAAAGCACAAGAAUGGUGAUCCCAUAACUAAUUAUUUAUGUCUUUAACGUAAUCUAUUUAAUACAAAACACAUCAGUU